ACGCCAAAUUCGUAACGGUUUGCCACCACUGAGGGAUCGAUGACGCUGACGAAUUCGUGGAUUAGAAGGGAAGCCAAAGAGUCUCGAACAAUCAUAUCAUCAUGGCUAAUAGUAGCACUACAACAAGGACUUACAAUUGUGUCGUCUUUGUGACACUGUUUACCUGGACAGGAAUCAUUUGGCAUAUUCACCAACGAUUGCAACGGCUUGAAGAUGAGUUGCCACAACGACUACAAUUCGAAUUCGAGUGGCUCACUUCCGAUGGUACCACCAGCAGUAGCAGAGAUCAACCGAAUGCCCACCGACAAAGCCACCAUCCGCGGCUGUUCGAACAGAAACGAUACCAAGAUGAACAGGGCAACACGCUACGAUUUCUCAUGUUUCAAGGCGACAUUACGGGACAAGGCGUUGGAAAUCACAUGCAGGGUUUGCUGGCCGCCCAUCUCCUCGGAGACGAGUUUGAUCGCAUCGUCUGUGUUUCUCCAGCAUUCGAUGACUUUUGGCUUGCCUUUGAACAGGUCCACCCGAUGGCUACUCGGUGGUGUCCACAAGUGAUUCGUGAUUGGGAAGCCCGCAUGGAUGACGAAGAAAAGCGCACUAGUAGGCUCAGACCCUACAACUAUCGCAGACCACCUCUGGAAUACACCAUGACGUUGCUCAACUUCAAUAGUCGUCCCAUAGACGAAUGUGAGCUUCAAGAAAAGCUACAGUCCAACACUUCGGUUUGGUAUCUACGCAACAACAUGUAUCCACGGUGGCCCAACACGGUCGGCGGCAACACUGUCAUUCCUCCGCGCUACUUUGAACGAUUUUACAAGCCCAACCGUGCACUGUCCAAGCUGUUGCCCGUAUCUCCGCCGGCAGUUGUGGUGCACUUGCGCAAAGAGGACGGCCCAAAUGACGUUCGGCAUGGGUUGGAUCCAACUUCACUCAAGGCCCUGGGAGAACUCCUGCAGAAUGGAAGCACCAAUGAUUCCCAGAAGAAACCCUACUUGGUAACCAACAACGUCCAGUGGUACAAUUACUUUGAGCGAACCUAUCAAUGGUCCCAUCCACCAUGGAAAGAAGUGAUCCAUUCGGUCUACUUAUCGGGAGGCGGCCGCCGUCACUACAAUCAUCACUAUGAUCCUCCCUCGUCUGCAGCAGAUUCCUCUCCAUCUCUAUCUUCACAAGACUUUAGAGACCUUCAAAAGCUAUGGAUGUGGUCCGAUUGGUAUACAUGUUACACAGCUGAAGCCGUGUAUCACACCCACAGCGACUUCUCGGCCUCUGCCAUUCAUUGGAAGGAUCCCUCGAGCCAAUCUUCUCGUGUCAUUCGUGGAUUCAAUUCGACAACCCAAGCUUUGGACUUGGGCAAGGAAUAUUGGCGCAAUAGUGGUCCUGUCAUCGUUCCUCCUCUAUCGCAGAGGAGAUCUCCCUCAGAGCUACAUAACUGCGCUCCCCCAAACAGCCAAAAAGCACAUGUGAAGGUCGUGAAGAGUGACUCUACCCAAACUCAUUUGGCCAUCUCUCUGAUUCGGAAUAGCUAACGCAGGCCAUAGGACGCCUAAAAGAAACUGCAGUGAUUUAUUUGCAUACUCCUACGUUCCUUCUAAACAGCAUACCGAUGGG